GUCAUCAUGUCAUUCCGCCUGUGGAUCAUGGGCGGCUCCAUGCCCUUGUUCUCUGAGCAGGACAACCCAGCAUCCUUCUCUCCACACCUCCUCACCAGGCUCCUCACGUACAGCUACCUCCUGGCCUUCAACGCCUGGCUGCUCCUGGCGCCCAUCGUCCUGUGCUACGACUGGCAGGUGGGCAGCAUCCCCCUGCUGGAGUCGGUGUGGGACGUCCGCAAUGCCGCCACCUGCCUCUUCGGAGUGGCCAUGGUCUGUCUGUGCCUGCACUGCCUGGCAUCAUUGCAGAAACUGGAAAACAGGGAAGUGCUGGUGGGGAUCCUUUUUCUUGUGUUCCCGUUCAUUCCGGCGAGCAAUCUGUUCUUCAGGGUGGGCUUCGUCGUGGCAGAGAGAGUCCUCUAUAUGCCCAGCAUGGGGUACUGCAUCCUGGUGGUCCAUGGCCUGAGCAGGCUGUGCUCCGUGGUGGGCCGGUGGGGUGCGCCCGCGCUGACGCUGUCCCUGCUGCUGCUCCUGCUGCUCUUCUCCUGGAAGACCGUGCAGCAGAACGAGACCUGGCUGUCCCGGGAGGCGCUCUUCAGAUCUGGAAUUCAGACUCUGCCUCACAAUGCCAAGGUACACUACAACUAUGCCAACUUUCUGAAAGACCAAGGGAGAAACCAAGAAGCUAUUCAUCACUAUGAAACUGCACUCAGGCUGUACCCCCGGCACGCCAGCGCCAUGAACAACCUGGGCACCCUGACGCGGGGCGCGGAGGAGGCAGAGAGGCACUACAGGAGGGCCCUGGAGAUAAACCCCCAGCACAACCGCGCUCUCUUCAACCUGGGCAACCUCCUCAAGGCGCGGGGGAAGGAGGCGGAGGCUGAGCAGCUGCUGAGAGACUCGGUCCAGCUGGGGCCGCACUUCGCCGAUGCCUACUCCAGCCUCGCGUCUCUGCUCGCCGAGCAGGGGCGGUUUGGCGAAGCCAAUGAAGUCUACUUGCAGGGCAUUGAAAACUGCCCCGACAGCUCGGACCUGCACAACAACUACGGCGUCUUCCUGGUGGACACAGGAGACGGAGAGGGGGCGGCGGCCCACUACCAGCAGGCCAUCCAGCUCAAGCCCUCCCACUUCGUCGCCAUGGUCAACCUGGGCCGGCUGCUGCGCUCCUCCGGGCAGAACAGGGAGGCCGAAGCCUGGUACAGGAGGGCCUUGCAGGUGACCCGCAGGGUGGAGAUCCUGACGCCGCUGGGGGCGCUGUACUACAACACGGGGCGCUACGAGGAGGCCCUGCAGGUGUACAGGGAGGCCACGGAGCUCCAGCCCGACAAUGGCGAGAUCUGGCUGGCACUGGCUCAGGUCCUGGCUAUGGCUGGACAAGCGAAAGAAGCUGAAGAAAUGACCUUUGGGAUUUUAUCUAAGAACACGGCCUGUGUUGAAUGUUAUCGACUCUUAUCUGCCAUUUACAGCAAACGCGGAAGCCACAAUGAGGCUCUGGACGCCCUGGAAAAGGCCAUCCAGCUGAACAUGGGGGACCUUGCCAUGAAGGCGGAGCUGCACUUCUCCAAGGGGAACCAGCUGAGGGAGAUGAACCUGCUGGAACAGGCUUUCCAGAGUUACAGGAUGGCUGUGGAGCUCAAUCCUGACCAAUCACAAGCUUGGAUGAACAUGGGGGGAAUACAGCACAUUAAGGGGGACUACGUGCUGGCUCGCGUGUACUACGAGAAGGCCCUGCAGCUGUCUCCCGGCAGCAGGCUGCUGAAGGAGAACCUGGCCAAGCUGGACCGCUUGGAGAAGCGGCUACAGGCGUGAACGGGACCCGGAGCCCUGGUGUCUCUGGGCCCAGACGAGCCGGUCCUGGAGCAGAAGGGGAGCACAGAGGGCCGCGCCAGAACAGCAGCGGGGACAGCGCCUGGGCACCAGGCUGUGGCAGUCCUAGUGGCCGGGGUACCGGCGUCCCGGGACAGGUCUGGAGGAAGAAUGCGCCAGCAGGCUUUCCUCUGCAAGUCAUAAGAAGUCUGCUUCUGAAUAUAUAAGCUGAGCACACCUAAUCUUAAAAGCCUCAGUGGCUUUUCCAGCAGUUUCAUCUUUGUUUUUGCUAAAGGAACUUAGCAGGAACCUUAAUGAAGAACAGACUCUUUGAGCUUAAAAAUCAAUGAAAUACCCAAGCUAUGAAGAGGCAUAGGACUAUUUUUGAAAAUGCUCUGCAGUGCUAGACAUGCUGUUGUGGAAUAAAGGGUGGGCACUACAAGUGUUUCCUUCCCUCAUACGUUUCUGACCAACUGGGGUUGUGUUUCUGGAAAACCAGGAAUGGGAAUCGUCACUGCGCACAGUAGAUGGGUUUUCCACCUGUGGAUUCAC